GUAGUGCGUUGAUUUCAUACCAAACUCAUACUUCACAUUCCACUUAUACUGUCAAACCUCUGACAAAUAAUACGGAAAACAACAAGGCGCCAAAUUGUAACAAAGUUACAAAAAAAAAAAAAGCGCAGCUGGUCUCACUGGGAAGAAUAGGGAGAGUGCCAGAAUUAAAAAAAGUUCCCAGCUGAAUCCAGUACAUCCAGCCUUGAGGAUUUCAGCAGUUAUAUCAAGAGGUCCAAGGAGACACCGACACGAUUUGGAGGAAUAACUUCAGACUGGUUUGGACCUCUGCAUCCUGAAGAUUUCCCACUGAUCCUUUGAUCUUGGGGCUCAGGGCCGGGCCCAGGGGGAGCCGCCACCAUUGCGUCCAACGAGUGGAGUGCCAACGGUAGCCCAGAAGAUGGGCUGGAUGGGGAAAAUGAGGACAAGACCAUGGAAGGAGACGCAGAGGGCGUUUGGAGCCCGGAUAUUGAGCAGAGUUUUCAGGAGGCCCUUGCCAUCUAUCCUCCCUGUGGCAGAAGGAAAAUUAUCCUGUCAGAUGAAGGAAAAAUGUAUGGUCGCAAUGAAUUGAUAGCAAGGUACAUCAAGCUGAGGACAGGCAAAACCCGCACGCGAAAGCAGGUGUCUAGUCACAUACAGGUGUUAGCACGGAAGAAAGUCCGCGAAUACCAGGCGGGUAUAAAGGUUUCUAGCCACUUGCAGGUUCUCGCCCGAAGAAAAUCUCGCGAGAUCCAGUCAAAGCUAAAGGCAAUGAAUUUGGAUCAAGCAUCCAAAGACAAAGCCUUGCAGAAUAUGGCAGCCCUGUCGUCUGCACAGAUUGUCUCGCCUAGUAUGAUAAAGAACCACCUUCCUCCUCUGUCUCCUGCCCCAUACCAACCAGCUAGAUUCUGGCCCGCUCCGAUCCCAGUACAGCCAGGACCAUCUCAGGAGAUGAUUCUAGAGGUCAACCCGGGAAGGAUUCCUGGGCCCGUCUGCACCAGCCAUGUCAUCAAACCUUUUGUACAGCCCCCAUACUCAACACUGCCAGGCUCUGUACAACAACCCAUACCUGCCUAUGAGCCCUUAGCGCCCCCCCCUGCACCAUCAGCGACCGCAGUACCAGUGUGGCAAGACCGGACGAUCGCUUCGUCUAAACUGCGGAUGCUUGAGUACUCUGCCUUUAUGGAGGUCCAGAGAGACCCGGACAUUUACAGCAAACACUUGUUUGUCCACAUUGGACAGACGAAUCCUUCCUACAGUGACCCGCUCCUUGAGGCUGUGGAAAUCCGACAGAUCUACGACAAGUUCCCUGAAAAAAAAGGCGGGCUGAAAGAACUUUAUGAGAAAGGACCCCAGAAUGCUUUUUUCCUCGUCAAAUUCUGGGCUGACCUGAAUAGCAGCGGGAUGCUGGAUGGGCCGGGUUCAUUCUACGGUGUAAGCAGCCAGUACAGCAGUAUGGAGAACAUGACGAUCACAGUUUCAACUAAAGUCUGCUCAUUCGGCAAACAGGUUGUAGAGAAAGUCGAGACAGAAUACGCUCGCCUGGAGGGAGGAAAGUAUGUUUACAGGAUCCACCGCUCUCCUAUGUGCGAAUACAUGAUCAACUUUAUCCACAAACUCAAACACUUACCUGAAAAGUACAUGAUGAAUAGUGUUCUUGAAAACUUUACGAUCCUACAGGUGGUGACGAACCGUGACACCCAGGAGACCCUGCUCUGUAUAGCAUUUGUUUUUGAGGUUUCCAAUAGUGAACAUGGAGCUCAGUAUCAUGUCUACAGACUUGUAAAAGACUAACAGCUUAUCAAGAUGGUUCUGGAGAAGCCAGACUAAGCGUGACGCAAUCUCUCUACGACCAUCUCAACCUUCCAGGAAAAACUACAACAGAAACAUUCAACAAUGCUAGACCGGACUAACAUGGACACACUUUACGCUUUAAGGACAGUAUGCAAGGAAAAAUACAAAUGCACAAACUGUGGAUAACAAGCUGUUUUGUAUGUGAUUAAACAAGAUGAAGUGGGUCACCUUGUAUUUGAUGAAGAUUGAAAUAUUAAAUUGAGGGAUGGAGAAUGUGUUUAUGGGGUUGGAAAGUCUUCUAUGGUGGCAGUAAGAGAAGUGCAUAUUGGCCUGUAAAGUGGAGGGAUUUGGACAACAGAAUGGGAAGAACUUGAAGAAAGGUGUUCAGGUUUGUUAAUACAGCAAGUGCCUUUUUUAACCAAAGGUUUUACCAUUGCCUGCCACUUUGGACUGCCUUUUUUACUACCUCUUGUUUUUGAAUGAACAAAAGAUGUUCACACAGUUGUGUUUUGUUACCAAAAUAUUGGAAUCUGAUCAACAUCUGUGAGGGCAGUUUUUGUAUUUGGGCACACAGAGGAAUGGGAUUACUAAUUUUUAUGUGGCCUGAUUUAAUUUAAUUUCCCUUUGGGAUUACUAAAGUAUUUUUUUAUUGAAUUGAAUUUACAAAAUAUGACAUAAAAAAGAAAUUCUAAACAAAAUGUUCAACAGUCCAUGUGGAAUGGGGGAAUACUGAUACUGUUGAUGUGUUGUCGUAAUUCUGCUUAUGGUUUUACAUCUUAAUACACAGUUAAAGAUCCGGUCUUACCAGAAUCUAUCUGUUACUGACAUUUGACACUAGGGAUGUCUUGUAUCAUUGCAAUUUAACAGGAAUCCAGGGCUUUACCUUCCUUGUGAGACCCCCUGUUAUUUCCUGCUGUUUGAAGACGUGUGCUCAGAUGCACUUAUUAAAAAAUAACAUAGGGGGUGCAGCAACAGCAGUGCUUAUUUUCUGACUUGAGUUAUGUAGCAUAAUUGAAUAACUUCUUUCUGUACUGUGAGUCAGUGGAUAUUAAAGGAAUAUGUGUUACAUAGGAGUAUUUUUGGGGGGCUUUUUGUUGAUAUUUGUGACCAUGUAACUCAACACAGAGACCAUGGUUAAAGGGGGAGCGGUUAAUCACUGUUUCUUUUGUUUAAAAAAGAGAUUGUAUGCUGUGAAGUUGCUUUAUUUGCUUCACUCUUCUCCAUGUAAUUUGUGGAGAAGCUGCAUUCACUGGUAGAAAGUUCAGUUUUAUAUUUAAGACAGUUUUUUUUUUACAAACAAAAUAAUUAUGAAAUCAGUUCAAAUGAUUUGAUGAAAAAGAACUAUUGCCUCUGUGGAGUAUGACUAUUGAUUGUUAUUUAUGGGGUUUGAGGAGAAAUAUCGAAAGGGCGGGAAGGGGUUUCUGAAGACAUGUUGAUAAUUUUCCAUUGCGAUAAAGGUAUUAAAACUCUGGCAUAAGUUUUAUUUGAGACAGAAUUAACUUUUGACUCCACGAUUUCUGCUAGACAAGCAUUGGUUCUGUGAGCUCCACUGGAAAACAUUGCUAUAAGAGAGCAAAUUUAAAAUGUAUCUGUGAUUUUGGAUGAAACUUCACAGCCUAAAUACAAAUAACACUUCUCCUUUUGCAGGUCUCAUAGUUUAUCUUUUAUAGACAUUUUUUGCCAUCAUCAAAAUUAAUGUUUUGAUUCUGUUGUUUUUUGACCUUCAGUGUUUGCCAUAUGUUACACUGAAAAUAAUGUGUGAUUGUGCUGGUAUUGAUAAUACUGAGUUAUCUAAUGUAUCAUAUUCGGAAUGGUGUGGGAAGUUUUUUUUUUUCUUUUUUGGUUUAAGGUGGUUUACUAUUGUCUUUGUUACAAUUGUGCAUUGCAAUUUUAUACUUAAAAAUAGAGGUUGGACUAUGUAAUCAACAAAUGUAUCUAAUAACACAAGACACAUGGUGCCUUUGGGGCCAUUUUCCCCAGAAAAAGUCAUUAAAUUUAUGUUAAUUUG